AUGGUGGCUACCCCAGUGGUGGCUACCCCAGUGUUGGCUACCCCAGUGGUGGCUACCCCAGUGUUGGCUACCCCAGUGGUGGCUACCCCAGUGGUGGCUACCCCAGUGUUGGCUACCCCAGUGUUGGCUACCCCAGUGGUGGCUACCCCAGUGUUGGCUACCCUAGUGGUGGCUACCCCAGUGGUGGCUACCCCAGUGUUGGCUACCCCAGUGUUGGCUACCCCAGUGGUGGCUACCCCCAGUGGUGGCUACCCCAGUGUUGGCUACCCCAGUGUUGGCUACCCCAGUGGUGGCUACCCCAGUGGUGGCUACCCCAGUGGUGGCUACCCCAGUGUUGACUACCCCAGUGGUGGCUACCCCAGUGUUGGCUACCUCAGUGGUGACUACCCCAGUGGUGGCUACCACAGUGGUGGCUACCCCAGUGUUGGCUACCCCAGUGGUGACUACCCCAGUGGUGGCUACCCCAGUGUUGGCUACCUCAGUGGUGACUACCCCAGUGGUGGCUACCACAGUGGUGGCUACCCCAGUGUUGGCUACCCCAGUGGUGACUACCCCAGUGGUGGCUACCCCAGUGGUGGCUACCCCAGUGGUGGCUACCCCAGUGUUGGCUACCCCAGUGUUGGCUACCCCAGUGGUGGCUACCCCAGUGGUGGCUACCCCAGUGAUGGCUACCCCAGUGGUGGCUACCCCGGUGGUGGCUACCCCAGUGGUGGCUACCCCAGUGAUGGCUACCCCAGUGGUGGCUAUACCCCAGUGGUGGCUAUACCCCAGUGUUGGCUACCCCAGUGGUGGCUACCCCAGUGUUGGCUACCCCGGUGGUGGCUACCCCAGUGGUGGCUACCCCCAGUGUUGGCUAUCCCAGUGUUGGCUACCCCCAGUGGUGGCUACCACAGUGUUGGCUACCCCAGUGGUGGCUACCCCAGUGUUGGCUACCCCGGUGGUGGCUACCCCAGUGGUGGCUACCCCGGUGUUGGCUAUCCCAGUACUGGUAACACCAUUGGUAUUACUGGUGUAUUUGUUAGUGUUAAUGCUGGUAAUACCAUUGGUAUUACUGGUGUAUUUGUUAUUGUUAAGACUGGUAAUACCAUUGGUAUUACUGGUGUAUUUGUUAGUGUUAAUGCUGGUAAUACCAUUGGUAUUACUGGUGUAUUUGUUAGUGUUAAUGCUGGUAAUACCAUUGGUAUUACUGGUGUAUUUGUUAGUGUUGAGGCUUCAAACACUAUUGGCAACGCUUGUGUAUUAAUAUUGUUGUAG